AUGUCAACGGUCAAGCCCGCUGAUCCCACCAGCGAGCGCUGCCACGAAGCCUAUGCUCGCGAGGUCUCGCCCACUACCGCAAAAAGUCGUUGUGAUACCCAAGACUCUCGGUCCCCAUCACGGACGCAACCCCCUGCUGCGUUGUCCAUCUAUCAACUUGCUCGUCUGCAUUGUCGAGAGCGCCUAAUCGUCUACCCUCUCCUCUGGACAGACCGUCAUGUCGGGUUGUUACAAUGCUCUUUCGAACAUCCUUCAAUCGCGCCCCCAAGGUCAUGGCCGCAUACCAUCCAAAAAAUGCCUGGGGCUUACUCUAUCAAAUCCCUUUUUAAAGAUGACGACGAUGAUUGGGGACAGCGGGACGUGAUAAUCGAGGACGUCCUUGCAGGUUUCGAAUGCCCAUUGACAAUUAUUCAUGGAAACGAUCUCUACUUUUUCUUUGAUCGGCGCCGUAUCACUCUUCCUUGUCUCCUCUUUUUCCCACAGGGGAGUGACUAUGACGACAUGUUGUCUGGACGCGUCCCUGCUGUGGUUGCAUGCACCGACUGUGCUCGCAUCCAAGACCUACGCUAUCAGAAGGUAUCCUCUUGUGGAGGUAGACGGUAUAGCAAAUCCACCAGUGCUCUGAUCGACCUCAAAUUGAAAAAACUCACUCCCUCAAACCCUCUUCAGGAUCCGUACAUCCUGGCUCUCCUAAUUGCUUUGGCCCAGCAGCAGCGGUCCGCUCUGCAGCAAACAUGCCCAAAAGAACAAGACAUACGUCCUACUUUUUCGUCUCAAGUAUUAUUGAUCGAUCCCAGCGACAAGGCAAAUAUUCACCUCUUCACUGCAGACAUCUCCUCCUCAUUUCUAGAUAAAUUCAAAUUUCCCUCCAUCCCACCUUCCACAUCUCCAUCGCUGCUUGUCUCCGUCCGGCAUAUGAUGGUCCCCUAUAAACCAUCGGAAACCUUUCGCUCUCGCAUUUUCCCGCUCCUCCUUCCUGGACGCCUGAAGCACGGAUGA